AGCAGUUGAUCUCUGGGUUGGCAACGGGUCCUCAGCGGUGGGCCUCCUUCUGGACCAGCAAUGAUUCACAGCCUCUUCCUCAUCAACUCCUCUGGAGACAUUUUCCUGGAGAAACACUGGAAGAGCGUGAUCAGCCGUUCGGUUUGCGACUACUUCUUCGAGGCUCAAGAACGAGCUUCGGAGGCCGAAAAUGUGCCCCCGGUGAUCUCCACCCCUCACCAUUAUCUUCUGAGCGUGUAUCGACACAAGAUCUUCUUCGUGGCCGUGAUCCAAACAGAAGUGCCACCGCUUUUCGUCAUUGAGUUUCUUCACCGGGUGGUGGAUACGUUUCAGGAUUAUUUUGGAGUCUGCUCUGAGGCGGUCAUCAAGGACAACGUGGUGGUGGUCUAUGAAGUGCUUGAGGAGAUGCUGGACAAUGGCUUCCCCUUGGCUACAGAGUCCAAUAUUCUGAAGGAGCUGAUCAGACCGCCGACAAUCCUCCGGACGGUUGUCAAUACAAUCACAGGAAGCACCAAUGUGGGAGAGCAGCUCCCCACAGGGCAGCUGUCCGUGGUGCCCUGGCGACGGACCAGCGUGAAGUACACCAACAACGAAGCCUACUUUGAUGUGAUUGAGGAAAUAGAUGCCAUCAUCGACAAAUCAGGUUCCACAAUUACAGCUGAAAUCCAAGGGGUGAUUGAUGCCUGCGUGAAACUGACUGGAAUGCCUGACCUCACCCUCUCCUUCAUGAACCCCAGAUUGCUGGAUGAUGUCAGCUUCCACCCCUGCGUGCGUUUCAAGCGGUGGGAAUCCGAACGCAUCCUGUCCUUCAUCCCCCCUGAUGGGAACUUCCGCUUGCUCUCUUAUCACGUCAGCGCUCAAAACUUAGUGGCCAUCCCCGUCUACGUGAAGCACAACAUCACCUUCCGAGAUAGCAGCUCCCUCGGCCGCUUUGAGAUCACCGUGGGGCCCAAGCAGACCAUGGGGAAGACGGUGGAGGGGGUCCUGGUAACCAGCCAGAUGCCCAAAGGAGUGCUUAACAUGACCCUCACACCUUCCCAGGGGACACACACGUUUGAUCCUGUCACAAAGCUCCUGACAUGGGACGUGGGGAAGAUCAACCCUCAGAAGCUGCCCAGUUUGAAGGGGACGAUGAGUCUUCAGGCAGGGGCCUCCAAGCCUGACGAGAAUCCCACCAUUAACCUCCAGUUCAAAAUCCAGCAGUUGGCGAUCUCUGGUCUGAAGGUGAACCGUUUAGACAUGUACGGAGAGAAGUACAAGCCUUUCAAAGGGAUCAAGUACAUGACCAAGGCUGGGAAGUUUCAAGUCCGGACCUAAGACAGCUUCUGCCCAGGAGAAGACGUGGGAUUACUCCUCCACCUCUGCUCUCCUCUUCCUCAUGGUUGCUUCUUGAUGUGACCCAUCUGGAUGUCUUCUGAGACAGGC